UUAGGAUUCAUUUGUGUAUUCACAUGGAUGGCUUAGAUAACCCCCUUAAUUUUAUAUCAAUCCUUAAUUUUAUGCCUCCUCCUUACCCACGUCUCCCCACCCUUCUAUCUGUAUCUCUCUGAUCUCCGGCCAAAUCACGUCCCCCCUCCAUCCCUCUCUCUCUCUCUCUCUCUCCCUGUUCUUCUUCUUCCCGAAACUGCUCUCCUUCAACCACAGAUUCGGUUUCGUCUCCAUCCCUAUAUUCGGUUCCGUCUAGCUGUGCUUCAACCGCUCAGGUAUGGCAAUCUCUAUCACAACUGUUCUUCUCACCCUUUAGAAUCAGAAUCACAAUAGUUCUGAAUCUUUUUAUUUUCAUCAUUUCAGAUUUCUGAGGUUACGAUUUCAGAGGUUGCGAUUUCAUCGCUCAGAUUUUCUGAUUAUCUGAAAAUCACCAAGUCGACCAUUUUUUUUCUUGAAAGGCUUGCGGAGAUACCAGAAAACAGAGUUUCUGCAAAGCAUUACGGUUAAUUUUCAGGUUAAAUUCUUUCAGGCACGGGCAUACGCUAGUCCACCAAUAUGAUAUGAGACAAGAGUGGAGCGGAGACUACAAACCGACCCGCCCAGUACCCAUUCCCCGAACCAACCGACCAUUCAUUCCUCCCAGCCCGUAUGAUGGAAUACGCUAACUCGCUUACAAGUUCACAAAUCAGACUUGAGAGCAAACGCACAUUAGACUAGAAAAGAUAGCAAAGUGAUGAACACAAUCGCACACAGAUUCACUCUCCUCCUCCUCCUCCUCAACCCUCGCUUCCUUCCCUCUCCUCGUUCCUUCCGAGGUGUGUUGAAGAUUGGAUUUGAGCGAGGAAGAAGGAGAAUUGGAGGGGGUUUUGGGAAGAAGAUGGCUUGGAGUUUGGAGAAAUGCAAUGGGGUGAUGAACUUGGAAACUAGUAGUAAUAAGUUGGGCGUAGUUCGCACCGCUACAGAAGCUCAUGCGGAAGAGGCAAUUGAAGCUCUGAAAGAUGGGAAGGUCAUUGCGGUUCCCACAGACACACUCUAUGGCUUCGCUUGCGAUGCUUGCUCUGUGGAAGCAGUUAAUAGGAUUUAUGAGAUCAAAGGGCGUAAACAUACAAGCCCUCUUGCAAUUUGUGUUGGAGAUGUAUCAGACAUAAAACGAUUUGCUAUAACAGAUCAUUUGCCUCACGGCUUGCUUGAUUCUCUUCUUCCAGGACCAGUGACUGUGGUGCUAAGGCGAGGGGAAGCAAGUAUACUAGAGAAGUCUUUAAACCCUGGAUUGGAUAGCAUUGGAGUUAGAGUACCCGAUUGUAACUUUAUUAGGAUCAUUGCCCAUGGCUCCGGAAGUGCACUGGCCCUUACCAGUGCAAACUUAAGCGGGCAGCCUAGUAGUGUCUGCAUCAAAGAUUUUGAGAACCUCUGGGAACACUGUGCUUAUGUUUAUGAUGGUGGUGUGCUUCCAUCAGGGCGUGCAGGAUCAACUGUGGUGGAACUAAUUGAGCCAGGAAAGUACAAGAUCCUUAGAGCAGGGAGAAUGGGAUAUCUUAUUCAUCUAUGGUAUUUCGUAAUCAAAGAGAACAAAUGUAGGGAGAUUGAUAAAUCCAAUGCCCACAGUCCUCUCUUUCACAACAUGGAGCCCACCCAUGCGAGAGGAACAUCUGUGGAUUCAGUGCCAAGGAAGAGACUGUUGCGAUCCUUGAGAGGCACUCUCUAGUAGAAUAUGAUGGAACGAUGACUACGUAGCAAGAGGUCUGGCGUGAUGGGUGGUUUGAUUUUUUUUAUACUAUACCAGAACUAGCUCUUAUGGGAGGCUGCACCGAACCUUUUUACAAGUAUUCUUGGGUAUAAGAUUUUUGAUGGAGAAUUGUCAAAAUUAAAAUUAAAAUUAAAAUUUUUUGGGGUGUAGAAUUGCUGUUUAACCAAGCAUAUAUGGUUUGCACCAAUAAUAAGGAAAAAAAAAAAGUGCAUGGACAAAUUUCAUAUUCCACUAAGUGCAUGGAGAAUUGUCAAAAUUAAAAUUAGUUGUAUUACAUAUUUCAUAUGCUGCUGCUGCUGCUGCUGCUUCUUCUUCU